ACUUUACUCUUUUCUCCUUUCUUCUCUACCAAACCCUAAACUUUACUCUUUUCUCCUUUCUUCUCUACCAAACCCUACGAAAGAAGGUUUUCUCUCAACAUUUCUUCCCUUUCUUCCUUUCUCAAUCUCAUCACUUUCUAAUCUCCCCUUGGCUUCCAGUCAAAACCUUCAUAUUCCCCACCUUCACCAUCGCCGCCGUGAAAUCCGCCUUCCAGAGGCUCCGACUACUCCGAUAAUGAUAUGAAAAUUAGGGAUGAUAAGGAAAUUGAGGCCACCGUUGUUGAUGGAAACGGUACUGAAACAGGCCAUAUAAUUGUAACAACCAUUGGUGGAAAGAAUGGCCAACCAAAGCAGACUAUUAGUUACAUGGCCGAGCGAGCUGUAGGACACGGUUCUUUUGGAGUUGUAUUUCAGGCAAAAUGCUUGGAAACUGGUGAAACAGUUGCAAUUAAAAAGGUUCUUCAGGACAAGAGGUACAAGAAUAGGGAGUUGCAGACCAUGCGUCUUCUAGACCACCCAAACGUUGUGUCCCUGAAGCACUGUUUCUUCUCAACGACAGAGAAGGAUGAGCUUUAUCUUAAUCUUGUUCUUGAAUAUGUCCCUGAGACUGUUCAUAGAGUGAUCAAACAUUACAACAAGAUGAACCAAAGGAUGCCACUGAUUUACGUCAAACUCUAUUUUUAUCAGAUCUGCAGAGCUCUUUCAUACAUUCAUAAUAGUAUUGGAGUAUGCCACAGAGACAUAAAGCCUCAAAACUUGCUGGUUAGCGUUCAUUCUGUUUCUGGUAUGCAAGCAUUGCAAAAUAUGUAUGAUUACGUUCUUGACGCGGAAGGUCAAAUGGGAACAGAUGAAGCUGGUGAUGGAGCUGGCCCUGACACUGUGGAAAAUAAAAUUAGUAAUUUGGAAGAAAAGGAAACAAUAUAA